AUGUAAUUGAAUUUAAGAAAUUGUUAACUGUUAUAGACAAUUUUAUGUUAUAAAUUGUUAUCAAAUAGAUAAUCAAAUAGUUUAUCAAUUGAUUAAUUUGAUAUUUAAAAUAAUGAUCUAAUUAAUACUUCUCUUAUUUUUACAGAAUAAUAAUCAACACUUAAUUAAGUAGUAAUUAAAUUAUAAAAUAUUUAAUUCUUAGAAAAUAGUAUUCCAAAUGCUUAAAAUUCCUCUACUUAUCUAUUUUAUAUGAUUUGUUUUAGCCUAUAGAUAAAGAAAUUUGAAAUAAUAAAUUCAUAUCAUCUUCAAUAUUUUUUUCUAUUAAGUGUAUCUCUGAUAAAUGUGGAAGAUUUAUUAUAUACUAAUAUAAUAUAAAAAUAACGAGUACCGACAUCUAUAUAAUGUUUAGAGGUUGUGGUAGAAAACUCGCAAUUAUUUUACAUUUCAGGUUACUUAACUUUAUCAUUAACAAAUAUUACAAUUGUAAAUCAAUAUAGUAUAGAUUAAUCUUUUAUUUAAAUUUUAUCCAAUUCAUCAGUAACUAACUAAAGAGAGAGUAUUAAACUUAAAGGCUUAAAUUUUAUAGGAAAUAUUUUAUUAAAAAAGAAUUUAGGUCAAGUACUAUCAUAAUUAGCAAUAUAUUCAGAAAGGAAUUAAAUGAUUGAAAUAGAGAACAUUCACUUCUAAGAUAAUAGUUUUAAUUAACUUAUUGAUGAUCCAUCCCAAUCAUCUUCAAGUUUAUUAUUUAUUAAUUCAUAAUAAAGUUUUUUAUUCAUAUCUCAUUUAAUUUCAGAAAGAAAUGCAUUGACCAAUUCUACGAAUUCCUUUAUUUAUAUCAAUACGAAUUUAGUCUCAAUUAAAAAUAUUUUUAUUAAGAAUCAUAAUUAAUUAAUCUAAUCAUUUUGGAAUAAAUAUUUUAACAUAAAUUUUUAUGAAAAUUUUAAUUAAGACAUCAUCAAUUAAUUGAUAAAUAAAGUUUUUACAAUUUAAAACAAAGGAGGUGCUCUUGCAAUAACAACAGAACAUUUUACUAUAAAUAAUUGUUUUUUUAAGGAUAUAUUAGCUUAAAGUAGCUCUAUACUUGAUAUUGUUACUUAAGGCUUAGGUAAAAUAAUGAUAGCAAACUGUUCUAUGAUAUCGGCAUAAAAUAUUUUCUCUUAAAUUGGAGAGAAUGAUGGAGCAAUAUCAAUAUAUUCAAAAAAUAGUCAUUUAGAACUUGAAUUUCAAAAUAUAACCUUUAAAGAGAUAUAAAAUAGGUUGACUCCAUCAAUCCUAUCAAUAGUUCCAUCAUUUAAGUCUAAUUUAAUUAUAUUUCAAAAUAUAGUCAUUUAAAAUUGUUUCUCUUUAGUUAAUUAGUUUAUAAAAAUAGAGUUUUAACUUUUAAAUCUUAAAUCAAAUAUUGUAUCUAUGGAGAACAUUUCAAUUUAAUAAGAUGAAAAUUCAUUAAUUCAAUACUUUUCUAAAAUGGAAUCUAUAACUAUUUAUGAAAUUUAGAAAAUAACGCACGAUAAUGCCAUUAUUAAUUUAUAAGGAUGCAAUUUAAGAAUUUAAAAUUUAACCUUUCAAGGCAUUUUAUUGUCUUCAAUCCUAAAAGUUUUAGAUACAAAAACUUUAUAACUGGCAAAUAUACUUAUAUUUGAAGGUUAAUCAUUUUAUCCAAUUAACAUGAUUCAUAUUGGAUAAACGACUUCUAUGUAAUUUUAAGUUGUUUUAUAGAAUAUUCAGAUUAUAAAUUUGGUUUCAUUUGAUUUCAAUAAAAUUAAAACUAAUUUAAUUGAAUACUUCAAAAUAACAUUAGAUUACAACAGUUGUAACAUCAAUCUUUAAUUAUUAAAUUAAGAUUUAAAUGUUCCCAUAAAAAUAGCAUGGAUAUUUCAACAAAUUUUGCUUUUAUCAAGUCAAAAGGGGUCUUUAGUAUAUAUUUAAAGUAUACAUUCUCAAAACAAGAUAAAAUUAAUUUAGAUAUUAAUAUCAAAUAAUAAUUGUUUAGAAUGUUGGAAUGGAAUAAUUUAAUUUGAUUUAACAUAAUAUUUAUCAAUAUAUAUUCAAGAAUUAUAUUGUCUUAAGAAUAAUAUAAGAAAUUUUGGAUGUAUAUAUGCUAAAUCUUAAAAUUAAUAAGAAUCAUCAAUAAAGAUUAAGAAUUCUUUAUUCAACAUGAAUAAAGGCACUAUAGGUUCAGCAAUUAUGGCUUAAAAUGUAAGAAUUUCUCUUGUAAAUUUGAAAAUAUUAAACAAUAUUGCAACUUUUUAAGGAGGAGCUUUGUAUUUUUCAAUCAAUAACAAUUAAUUUAAAAUAUCUCAAACAAUCCUUUAUAACAACAAAGCUGAAUAAGGAGGAGGAAUUUACUUAUAAGGUAAUAGUAAAUUAAAUUAAGACAAUUUUAUUAAAUCAUGGAUGAAACUGAAUUCAGCAUCUCUCUUACCUAAUAAUCUUUAAGAAAUGCCAACUCAUUUAUCUUUAUCAAUUAAUAAUUUUGAGAUGAAAACUAUUUAGAAAAAGAUAAACAAUUAAACAUCAAAAAUUUUGUUUUUGUAACCUUAUCUUGUAAUAGAAUAAGGAAAGGUGUAAUUAACUAAAUUAUUAAUGUUACCAAGCAAUUAAGAAAUUAUUAAUUAUAAAAUAUAUAAUCCAUCAUAACUUAAAUUUGAGAAUUAUUUAGAAGAAUUUUCAAUAUCUUAUAAAAAUAAUUUUAAUGAAAUAUUACCUAAUUUUUCUAAUUCCACAUGUGAAAUUUUUAUUUAAACAUUAUUAAAUGAUACUCUAAUUGAUUCGACAAAUAUUGCAAAUAUUGAAUAUCAUUCUGAAUCUAAAAAUUUUGAUUUAAGAUUUUUAUCUAUAACUGUUGAUCCAUACAAAUAUAAUAAUCAAACCAAUUAAAUUUAGAUUGCUUGUCACCUUAAUGAUUAAUCUGACACUUUGUUUUAUUAUAUUGAAAUUAAAGGUUUUAUGUGUUAAUUAGGGGAGUUUUAUUUUUAAUCAGGUUGUUAAAUAUGUUAACCAAGUUAAGGAUAUUAUUCUGUAACAUAUUGUUAAAAUAAUUCUAAAUUUAUAAAAUCUAAUAUAAUGUACCAAUAAUACUUAAAUUUUAACAGUUUUUUAAUACAACACUACAAAAUGUUCCAUUUUUGAUUAAAAUAAAUUUCAAUCUAUAACUUCAAAUUAGAUUUAACUCAAGAAGGGUUAUUGGAGACCUAAUUAUUAAUCUGAUUUGAUUGAAUAUUGUUUUAAAUUUGUUGAUUUUUGUGAAGGAGGAUGGGUUGUGUCAGAUAAUUUAUGUUUAGUAGGACAUAUUGGAGGUUUGUGUGAAGAAUGUGACAUGUAUAAUAUUAGAGGACAAGGAAAUUAUUUUAAAAAUGAAGAAAAUACAUCUUGUCAAAAUUGUUAAGAUGCAACUAAUAGUGUAUUUCCAUUUGUUCUUACCUCAAUAUGGUAUUAUAUAAUGAUAUGAUUUAAUAGAGCCCUUAUUUCUACUCUUUUAACUUUAAGAAGUAUUGAUAAGUCUAAUAAAUUAUUUUCUUCAUUGAAAAUAAGAUAAAGAUUUGUGAAAAUAAUAUUCAAACUAAAUCAAGGUAAUAUUAUAUAUAUAUAAAGAUCAUGAAAGUAUCUUACUUAAAUUAUUUCUUAAUUAUUUAUGGAUAUUUUCAGUAAUUUUUACUUUUAAUUUUUUAAUUUUAAUUUUCAUUUACAUUUAUUAAUUAGACAAGUAACACAUCAUACUUUAUGGCUAACAAUAUGGAUUGCUAUUUAUCAUAAAUCUAUAAUAUAUCUCUAGUUUAUAAUAGAAUAAUCACGAUGACCGUGUUAAUGGUGUGCUAAUUAUUAAUAAUAUAUAUGGGGUUUAAGUUAUAUUCAAUAAUCAAACACUAGAAAUUUAAUAGCAGCAUAAUAUCUACUACACUCUUGUACUUAUAUGUAUCAAAUUAUGCUUCAUUAAUAAAGCAGUAUAAUUAAAUAAUAUUAUAUUAGACUUUUUUCAUUAUUGGCUAAGAGGAUUAUAUCUGAUAUAGAAUAUAUUUAAGGAGAUGUAUCGUUACUUUAUAAUUCAUAAAAUCAUUAAAAAUGGAUAAUUGGCUUUGUUUUACUUGGAUUAGGAUUGAUUGGAUUUCUCAUCCCAUCUGCUCUCUUUCUACUCUUAUACAUCUAAAGAGACAAACUAGAUAAGAUAAAGUUUAGAAAGCAUAUAUGUUAUCUAUUCAAUGAAUAUAAUAAUGAAAAUUACUUUUGGGAAUGGAUAAAAUUAUAGAAAAAAACAGUAAUUAUCCUUAUUAUGACAUAUUUUGAAACAAAUAUAUUUUUAAAGGCUUCAUUGCUUGGUUUAUGUUUACUACUGUAUUAAUUAUAUGCAGUAAGAUAAAAACCUUAUAUACUUAAUAAUUUAAACGAAUUAGAUGUAUCAACAGGAUAAAUAUGUUCCAUUGCAAUAUUUUUCGCUACAAUUAAAUAUAUAAAUGAAUAAUAAGGGAGUAAAUCUACCUCUGUUCUAAUCGAAAUGAUUUUAGUUUUACUCUGUUUGAAACUAAGUUAUCCUUUUAUUAUUGAUUUAUUAAGAGUCUAUUAUAAAAAAUACAAAAUUUUGCUAUUAAGUAAUUUAUAUGAUGCAUUGAAAAUAAUAAAUUGCAAUUUGAGUCUAACUAUUUAUAUAAAUAGAAAAUUAAACUAAAUGAAGUAAAGAGAAUAAAAAUUAAAAAAAAAUUUAAGAAAAUUAAGAAUUCAUUUAUUAAAAAUAUCAAAAUUUUAAUUAGAAUAAUAAAAUUACUUGAAUUUAUUAAAUUUGUAAUCAACAUCUAGACCAGCACUGGCUGGUCUUAAGUAAAAUGCAUAUAAGAUUAUUAGAUUAGAUACAUACAGAAAUCAAUAUUUAUGA